CCGCACGGAAUGGGGAGACCACGCGUGGGAUGGGAACGCUCGGACGGGAGGCGACACCCUGCACGGGACGAGGCGACCCCAGCCGGGGCACCCUGGACAAGGUGGAGGACCCUGGAUGGGACGAGGGCGGCAUGCACGGGAUGGGGAGCGCCCGGGCAGUGCGUGGGGCCCCCGGACGCGCAGCGAGCCCCGGGCGCGGCGGGACCGACCGUCCCCCGUGGGCCCCCGUGGGCGGCGGGGCCGGUGCGCGGCCGGCGGCGGGAGCAGAGCGGAGCGGCGCGGGCCCGGCGGGGCGGUGCGAGCCCCUGGCCGGCCCCCGGUGUCGGUUUGCAUCCCGGCUCCUCCCCGCCCCGCCGCCCCGCGCAUUCCCGACCCUCCGGGCGGUGGCGGCGGCGGCGGCGGGGCCCGGCGGGGCCGGGGCGGGACCCCACGAUGCCGCAGCUGGAACCGACGGGGGGAGACGACCUGGGGGCCCCCGACGAGCUCAUCGCCUUCCAGGACGAGGGCGAGGAGCAGGACAAGGGCGCGGGGCGCGGCUCGGCCCACGGGGACCUGGACGAGCUCAAGUCCUCGCUGGUCAGCGAGACCGAGAACCGAGGGGGCCCCGGCCCCGUGGUCGGCCCCGGCCCCGAGGUGAGGCGAGGGGCGGCGGGGAGUCGGGGGGAGGCGCCCCCCGCCCGGCCCCGCUCCGCUCACCGCCUCUCCCCGCAGGCGGAGCGGCCCCCGCCGCCCCGGGAAAGUUUCCAGAAGCCGCGGGACUCUCUGGCAGAAGUGGUCAGACGACAAGAUGGGGGUUUUUUUAAGGGCCCCCCCUAUCCCGGCUACCCCUUCCUGAUGCUCCCUGAGCUGGGCAGCCCCUACCUCGCCAAUGGAGCCCUCUCCCCUGGCGGAGCCCGCACCUACCUGCAGAUGAAGUGGCCGCUGCUGGACGUGCCGACCGGGGCCACGCUGAAGGACCAGCGCUCGCCCUCGCCCGCCCACCUGUCCAACAAGGUCCCGGUGGUGCAGCACGCCCAUCACAUGCACCCGCUGACGCCGCUCAUCACCUACAGCAGCGAGCCCUUCCCGCCGGGGUCGCCGCCCGGCCACCUCUCCCCCGAGAUCGACCCCAAGACGGGGAUCCCACGGCCGCCGCACGCCCCCGAGCUGCCCUCCUACUACCCGCUGUCGCCCGGAGCCGUGGGGCAGCUCCCACACCCGCUGGGCUGGCUCGUGCCACAGCAAGGCCAGCCUGUGUACUCCAUUCCUGCUGGUGGCUUCCGGCACCCAUAUCCAGCCCUUGCCAUGAAUGCCUCCAUGUCCAGUUUGAUGUCCAGCCGCUUCUCCCCGCACAUGGUCCCGCCGCCCACGCACGGGCUGCACCCCUCGGGCAUCCCCCACCCCACCAUCGUGUCGCCCAUCGUCAAGCAGGAGCCCUCCCAGCCCAGCGCCAGCCCUGCAGGCAGCUCGAAAUCCCCCGUGGCAGUGAAGAAGGAGGAGGAGAAGAAACCCCACAUCAAGAAGCCUCUCAACGCCUUCAUGCUGUACAUGAAGGAGAUGAGGGCCAAGGUGGUGGCUGAGUGCACGCUGAAGGAGAGCGCCGCCAUCAACCAGAUCCUGGGCCGGCGGUGGCACUCGCUGUCACGGGAGGAGCAGGCCAAGUACUACGAGCUGGCACGGAAGGAGCGGCAGCUGCACUCGCAGCUCUACCCGACCUGGUCGGCGCGGGACAACUACGGUAAGAAGAAGAAGCGAAAGCGCGAGAAGCUGGCGCAGCAGCAGCAGCAGCAGCAGCAGCAGCAGGGCCAGGAGCUGGACAGUGAGUACCCCCCCUCCGCCUCCCCGUGCGCGGGGCGCCGGCCCUCAGCCGCGCCUGUCCCUGGCCCCGUCCCCGUCGCUGUCCCCGCAGGCUCGCUGCCCCCCAGGAGCAAGAAGCCGUGCGUGCCGUACCUGCCGGCCGAGAAGCCGUGCGCCAGCCCCGCCUCGUCGCACGGCAGCAUGCUGGACUCGCCGGCCACGCCGUCGGCAGCGCUGGCCUCGCCGGCCGCGCCGGCCGCCACCCACUCGGAGCAGGCGCAGCCGCUCUCGCUCACCACCAAGCCCGAGGCCAGGGCUCAGCUCGCCCAUUCCGCCGUCCUCACCAGCAAAGCCUCCUCUUCUUCCUCGUCCUCCUCCUCCUCCUCGUCCUCCUCCUCCUCCAGCCUCAGCAGCCCACCCUCGCUGCUCUCCAGACCCGUCCCCUUCGCCUCGGUGACCCCCACAGCCCUGCUGUCCCCCCCCGGCCCCCUCCCGGCUGCCCUGGCCGUGCUGCAGACGCAGCCCCUCUCCCUGGUCACCAAACCUGCCGACUGAGGGUCGAGCCUCGCGCCCCUCCGUCCCCCGCCCCUCCCCGCUGUACAUUGCAGAAGCCACAAUCAAGAUUCAAACGCAGCCAAAACCAUUAUUGGUCAAUAUUUGACCCUUUCUGAACUCUUUGGAAGCAGACUCUAGAGGAAGGAGGCUCUGGAGGAAGAGCUGCUGCCAGCAGUCAACCUAAAGACUGUUUUUAUUAAAAAAAAAGGAAAAAAAAAGGAAAAAAAUAAUGCAAUAGACCCUCCACAAGCCGCCGCCGAUGGGAAUCUCCGUGGGAUGAGCAGAGUGCCCGUGGCUGCCUGGGGCACGGGGGUGAAACCCGCACGGUGAUGCCAGCACCAAACAGCAGGUGUUGACUGGAACUGUCGCUCCAUCCCGGGUCCAGGAGCAGGAAUGCCUCCAGCUGCUCCCAGUCCUGCUGCCAUCCCCAGCCCUGUCCUGGCAGGAGCUGGAUCCUGCCCCGCGGAUGCUGCUUCGUCGGUGCUGCCCCUGCCUGCAGUCCUGUGGGGUGGGCAGGGUCUGGGGCUGAGCCCUGGGAGGGGUUGUGUUUUUAUCACCUCAAAAUCCUGUUAUUUUUCACAAAAGGAAAUAAAACUACAGCUGCA